AUGGAUCUCAAAGAAGAACCCCAAGGAAGCCACAAUGAUAGCAUUAGAGAGGAGAGUGAGGGAACGUCCUCGAUCGAUCCUGCUCUCGAGGCGUCGAUCCGGAAGAAACUCGAUAUGCGUCUCAUGCCUAUUCUGACAUUGGUUUACCUGUUCGCCUUUAUUGACAGGUCGAAUGCAGGUAAUGCGCGAGUACUGGGCAUGGGCGAGGACUUGAAACUUGACGGCUAUCGAUUCAACAUUGCCCUUAGUGCUUUCUAUGUUCCGUAUAUUCUCUUCGAGGUGCCUGCGAAUGUCAUGUGCAAGAUUGCCGGUCCCAAGAUCUGGAUUCCGACCCUGGCCAUAUUGUUUGGGCUUGUUGUCACCUGCAUGUCUACGCUUAAGAGCUACGAGGGGUUUAUCGUAGCCCGAGUUUUCCUUGGAUUCGCUGAAGCGGGAAUUAUGCCUGGUAUCAGCUAUACUUUGGCUUGUUUCUACCGAAGACGUGAGCUUGUGACGAGGGUUGGCUUAUACGCAAGUGUAGCUUCUUUGAGCGGCGCGUUCGGGGGUCUACUUGCAACGGCUUUCACCAAAAUCCCUUCCUGGGGUAUCAUCCAUACCUGGCGCAACAUUUUUUUCUUCGAGGGCAUCAUCUCAAUCAUCCUUGGGAUCGUAGCCUUUUUCAUUUUGCCGUCGUCUCCUGCUACAGCCUCCUUCCUGACCCCAGAAGAAUGCAAGGUAGCUGUCAGCCGCAUCGCCGACGAUUUGAAGACAGAGCAGAUUGAAACCAUCAAGAAAGAGUACUUUAAGCGCGCCAUUUGGAAUCCAAACACGAUCUUACUCGCUGUCGCAAUGCUCUGCAGCCUCACGUCCAUGAACUCGAUGGCCCUAUUCGUUCCCUCCAUCCUAAACGCCAUGGGCUACAGCGGCAUCCACAGCCAGCUUCUGUCCGUCCCUCCCUACGCCUGGGCUACUAUUGUCUGUAUCUCAGUUAGCACGCUUUCCGAUCGCACUUGCAAACGAGGAAAAUGGAUCCUCACUGUCAUGCCAUUUACAGUAGCAGGGUUUAUCGUCUUACUUACACCUGCUAAAGUGGCUGUACACUACUUUGCAUUGUUCCUGUGUCUCACUGGCGUUUUCACAGCAUCGCCUAUGCUUGUUGCUUGGUCUAUUGAUAAUAGUGCUGGUCACCUGACACGGGCUAUCGUCUCAGGAUUCUCUCCGGAAUCCGGCAGCGCUGUUCCUGCCACGUCCACUUUCUCUCCUGCUCCUUCCCAUUUCAAUUCUCACCAUUUCCUCGCGUCCGCAUUUGAUUCCUUCGACGACCAACGUCGAUUGAUUGCGCUUUGUCUGACCAUGAUGUUUUCCAAACAAAUCAUCACCGCCCAAACCAUACAUAGCACGACAACAGAGCGACACCGUUCGCAGUUGCCUGUCAUGGCUCCCCACCUGCAGCGGCACGCGAACCUGAACCAGCCGGGACCGCGCCGAUUCUACUUUUCCUCCCUUCGCAGACAUCGUAGGCGCAUCGUCGCCGUUGUCAUCGUUGUCGCGAUCUACUAUUUCUUCAGAUUUACCCCCGCACCGCCCCGCAGCAUCGCAAACUCAAAUGGCGGCCGCCCGACGCGCACGACGCCAGACCGCGACCUGGACCCUCAACCUCACUUCAUCUAUCGCUCGUCGUUCCGGAUGAACCCUAAUUCCGCAUACGAGGCAGAUGUCGACGCGGCGCUCGUGAGUUUAGAGCACCGCGUUACGCGAGGAGAGGUAGACGACGGCCAGAAUGUCUCGCAAAAGCGACCGCGCAAGCUAUGGCAAAUCUUGCUCGGCCCUGCUGAGAGGGGUCCAGAUUCCUGGGCCUUCGAAGAGAAGAAUCGCGCAUGGGAAUAUACCGUCGUAAGAGACGAAUGGGCGAAUAGCUUCGUCAACGACACAUUCGGCGCGAUCCCCGGCCUUGUCGACCUCUACAAAUCCUACCCCUACGACGUCCUCCGCGCCGAUCUGCUCCGCUACCUCAUACUCUGGUUUUACGGUGGAUACUACGCCGACACCGACAUAAACCCCGCCCGCGCCAUCGACUCCUGCCCGCCCCUUGCGCCUGUUUUACCUACGAAUCAGGACAUCCACAACGCCAACAUCUCGCUCGUCAUCGGCAUCGAAAUCGAUGAGCCUUGGGCAUCGGCCAAGCUGAUGCGUGAAUGGCACUGGAUAAGAACGUACGGUUUCGUGCAGUACAAUCUAUACGCGCCGCAGAGGUUCAGCCCUUUGCUUCGGAGAGCGAUCGUCCGCGUCCUCGCCCAUACAAAGCGACAUAAAGACGCGAGCUGGCUCACGGGCCCCAUAUACAACGAGAAGACGAUUCUCGAAAUCACCGGCCCUGGUGUUUUUACCGAUGCCGUUCUCGACGUCUUGUCCGAGACACUACCGAUAACCCAUCCCCUGGUUCAGGCGUCCGUGGCCGCAGACGCAGAGGUGGGGGAUUUAGCUGUCCCCGUUGGUGCCGAGAGCAAACGCGAGCGCGUCACUUGGGCGCCGUUUCAUCGUCUGCGUGAACCGUUAUGGAUUGACGCUACGGAAGCUGCCGCGGGCAAAUCUAUGGGUGGACUCGGGGUUCUUCCCAUCAGCGUGUGGGGCAACGGUCAGAGGCACAGCGGCUCUGAAAGUUUUCGGAGUCCGCACGCGUGCAUCAACCACAGGUUCAAGGGCACGUGGAAGAAGGGUUGGUGGCAGCGUUGGUUUGGGAAGCAAAAUCGAUGA